AUGGCGUCUUCCCCGCGCCCCGAGCGGUUGGCGCUCUCGCGAGAUGGGGGCCGGGCCGGGGUGAGCCGCGGAGCCGGACGCAGGGAGGUGGGGUUCGCGCGGCCCCGCUCCCCGCCCGCCCGGGACAUGGCCCCGAGGAGCCGCCCCGCAGCGACCCCCGCGCCGCGCGCCGCCGACAUGCGCAGGAGAGGGGCCCGCAAGCGCCUCAAGUUCCGGGCCGAUGACGUCUGCUCCGAGCGGGUGACGGUAGCGGAUUACGCCAACUCUGACCCUGCCAUCGUCAAAUCUGGACGCAUGAAAAAAGCUGUGGCCAACGCGGUGCAGCAGGAAGUAAAAUCCCUCUGUGGUUUGGAAGCCUCACGUGUUCCUGCUGAGGAAGUGCUCUCAGUGACUGGGGAAUCCUGUGACAGUAGCGAUGAAAUGGAUGCUAAGGAAAGCACCAAUGAGAGAACUGCCUCUAGAAAAAAGAAAAGCAAGAGGCACAAAGAAAACCCUGAUGAGGCUGUUGGAGAGGAUUAUCCCAUUGACAUCUGGCUGUUGCUGGCCUCCUACAUACGUCCAGAAGAUACAGUGAAGUUUUCUCUGAUUUGCAAAAAAGCCUGGACUGUCACUUGCACUGCUGCCUUUUGGACCAGACUCUACAGAAGGCACUACACUCUGGAUGCGUACCUGCCUCUCCGUUUACGGCCAGAAUCGAUGGAAAGGCUGCACUGCCUCCGUGCGUGUGUCAUCCGUUCGUUAUACCACAUGUAUGAACCUUUUGCUUCUCGUGUCUCCAGGAAUCCGGCUGUUCCAGAGACUACCCCCAGCACUUUAAAGAAUUCCAACUGUUUGCUUUUCUGGUGCAGAAAGAUUGAAGGGAACAGACGAGAACCUAUGUGGGAAUUUAACUUCAAAUUCAAAAAACAGCCUCCCAGAUUGAAGAGUAACUGUUGCAAAGGUCUUCAGCCACCUGUUCAGUAUGAGGAUGUUCACACAAAUCCUGAUCAGGACUGCUGUCUGCUGCAAAUCACCACCCUCAACUUCAUCUUCCUGCCGGUAGUCAUGGGUAUGAUAUUUACCUUGUUCACAAUAAACGUGAGCACUGACAUGAGACAUCACAGAGUGAGGUUGGUGUUCCAGGAUUCUCCUGUCCGGAACGGCAAGAAGCCCCGACUUGACCAAGGAGUACAAGUUAUCCUGGACCCUGUGCACAGUGUACGUCUCUUGGAUUGGUGGCACCCGCAGUACCCCUUUUCUCUGAAAGCUUAGCAUGCUCCUACUGCAUCUGUGAGUAGCCAUGUCAGGCAGAAGAGAAUGUCUAGGAACUGGGAAAUCCUGUUUUUAUUUCCUGAAUAAAUUCUCCAAUCUCCUUACAAAUGAGUGAAGCUGCAAUGCCAGUCUCUGUAUAUAAUUUCCAGCCAGUAAUGAGCAGAAUCGAGUGUAAAUGGAAAUGAUUUGUAAACACAUUUCUAUGUAAAGUUCACAUUUUAUGAUUUGAAAGGAGCACCAUGAAACUGUUCAUUUAAAAUCCUUUUGG